UUGUGACGUAAUCCCACAGCCUUCUGGGAAGCGUAUUUUAUUUGUUCUCCAGCUGGGAAAAGGCUUAGGGCUGUGGACUACCCCUCCCGUGAGGUAGUGCGCAACUCCACCCUGUUCGCGGCGUCUUCGAACGCGCCGCGGCAGCCAUGUUGGACGUGGCCAGCACAGGGGCCGGCACCACGGGGUUAUCGAAGCAGCUGUCACGAUGCUGGGGUCCCUGGUGUUGAGGAGAAAAGCACUGGCGCCACGGCUACUCCUCCGGCUGCUCAGGUCCCCAACGCUCCGGGGCCAUGGAGGUGCUUCCGGCCGGAAUGUGACCACUGGGAGUCUCGGGGAGCCGCAGUGGCUGAGGGCAGCCGCCGGGGGGCGCCCUGGAACAUCGCCGGCCUUGUUCUCCGGACGCGGGGCAGCCACCGGGGGGCGCCAGGGAGGACGCUUCGAUACCAAAUGCCUCGCGGCUGCCACUUGGGGACGCCUUCUUGGCCCCGAAGAAACACUUCCAGGACAGGACAGCUGGAACGGGGUCCCCAACAGGGCCGGACUGGGCAUGUGGGCCCUGGCCACAGCGCUGGUUGUUCAUUGCUACAGCAAGAGUCCGUCCAACAAGGAUGCAGCCCUGUUGGAAGCUGCCCGUGCCAACAAUGUGCAAGAAGUCACCAGGCUGUUGUCAGAAGGUGCAGAUGUCAAUGCAAAGCACAGACUUGGCUGGACAGCACUCAUGGUGGCAGCCAUCAACCGAAACAACAGUGUGGUCCAGGUCCUGCUUGCUGCUGGGGCUGAUCCAAACCUUGGAGAUGAUUUCAGCAGUGUUUACAAGACCGCCAAGGAACAGGGAAUCCAUUCUUUGGAAGAUGGGCGACAGGACGGUGCAAGCCGGCACAUCACAAACCAGUGGACAAGUGCCCUGGAGUUCAGGAGAUGGCUAGGACUCCCUGCUGGCGUCCUGAUCACCCGAGAGGAUGACUUCAACAACCGGCUGAACAACCGCGCCAGUUUCAAGGGCUGCACGGCCUUGCACUAUGCUGUCCUUGCUGAUGACUACCGCACUGUCAAGGAGCUGCUUGAUGGAGGAGCCAACCCCCUGCAGAGGAAUGAAAUGGGACACACGCCCUUGGAUUAUGCCCGAGAAGGAGAAGUGAUGAAGCUUCUGAGGACUUCUGAAACCAAGUACCAAGAGAAGCAGCGGAAGCGUGAGGCCGAGGAGCGGCGCCGCUUCCCCCUGGAGCAGCGGCUGAAGGAGCAUAUCAUUGGCCAGGAGAGUGCCAUCGCCACAGUGGGUGCUGCGAUCCGGAGGAAGGAGAAUGGCUGGUACGACGAAGAACACCCUCUGGUCUUCCUCUUCUUGGGAUCAUCUGGAAUAGGAAAAACAGAGCUGGCCAAGCAGACAGCCAAAUACAUGCACAAAGAUGCUAAAAAGGGCUUCAUCAGGCUGGACAUGUCCGAGUUCCAGGAGCGACACGAGGUGGCCAAGUUUAUCGGGUCCCCACCAGGCUACGUUGGCCAUGAAGAGGGUGGUCAGCUGACCAAGAAGUUGAAGCAGUGCCCCAAUGCCGUGGUGCUCUUUGAUGAAGUAGACAAAGCCCAUCCAGAUGUGCUCACCAUCAUGCUGCAGCUGUUUGAUGAGGGCCGGCUGACAGAUGGAAAAGGGAAGACCAUUGAUUGCAAGGACGCCAUCUUCAUCAUGACCUCCAAUGUGGCCAGUGAUGAGAUCGCACAGCACGCACUGCAGCUGAGGCAGGAAGCUUUGGAGAUGAGCCGUAACCGUAUUGCCGAAAACCUGGGGGAUGUCCAGAUAAGUGACAAGAUCACCAUCUCAAAGAACUUCAAGGAGAAUGUGAUUCGCCCUAUCCUGAAAGCUCACUUCCGGAGGGAUGAGUUUCUGGGACGGAUCAAUGAGAUCGUCUACUUCCUCCCCUUCUGCCACUCAGAGCUCAUCCAACUCGUCAACAAGGAACUAAACUUCUGGGCCAAGAGAGCCAAGCAAAGGCACAACAUCACGCUGCUCUGGGACCGCGAGGUGGCAGACGUGCUGGUCGACGGCUACAAUGUGCACUAUGGUGCCCGCUCCAUCAAACAUGAGGUAGAGCGCCGUGUGGUGAACCAGCUGGCAGCAGCCUACGAGCAGGAUCUGCUGCCAGGGGGCUGUACUCUGCGCAUCACAGUGGAGGACUCAGACAAGCAGCUACUCAAGAGCCCAGAACUGCCCUCGCCCCAGACUGAGAAGCGCCUCCCCAAGCUGCGUCUGGAGAUCAUCGACAAGGACAGCAAGACUCGCAAACUGGACAUCCGGGCACCACUGCACCCUGAGAAGGUGUGCAACACCAUCUAGCAGCCACCUGCCUGCUCCUGUGUGCCCUCACCAUCCAAUAAAAGCCCCUUGGCUGUGGCAUGGCGACCGACUUACCUUCCCCUCAUACCUCUCCCGUCUCUACCCAGUCUCAGGCCUGCUUACCUCCUCAUAGCCCGUGAAGACCCCUUCUCAGCCCCAAAACCUAAAGGAGGAAUUUCGCCCAACUCUGGCCCCUUUGUUGUGGACCCAUAACCUGCUAACAAGCCUUCAGGAGAGGAGCUGCCUUUCCACCCCCUUCAAGGCAAGGAGGGAUGGAGUUCCCUUAUUUCCUUCAGAAUGAUCCCCAUCCCCCAUAGUCGCCGGACUUUCUCGUUCCUAGGAAGCUCAGAAGUAUGGCAGCUAAGAAAACAGCUGGCUGGAAGAAGACAGGGACCAGACUGAACUGCCACCCUCUGCCAGUCCUCAUGCAACUCAGUCCCCAGAAUUUCUCCACUGGGAGUGGAUGGAGGAAGAGCUCAGAGACCCAGGCAGAGAUGGUUCUGCAGUUUAGUGUAUAGCCUCCUUGUUCCAUACCCUAAAAUUCUAAGGGGAAGGGACCCAUAGAAGCUUGCCUGUUUCUGCUACUAUAUUAUGCCCCCUAUUCCUCCCCACCCCAUGUCUUGGGGUCAAGCCAGACCCAUGUUUCUUCAGCCUUGGGGACUACGCCAGUGUUGGGCACCUCCAGGAGGCAGUGUGACUGGUUCCUUACCCUCCUCUACUUGGACUGAGCAGUAGUCCUCCAGAUAACCAAGCAAGCUCAGCUCUGUGGGGGCCUCCUUCAAAAGACUAACAUGGCAGACAUUAGGAAGCAUAGGGAGAGAAAUCAUGGGUUUGGCCUCUGCACAUGUGGCCAUGGAGUCAGCCUCAGCCCUGUCUGUACUGCUCUUCUAGCUAAACGAGCCUGGAAUAAACAUGCAGUUUAUUCAGUC